CCAUAAAUACCUGUCACUCCGGCUCCGAGGAAGCAUCGCUCUCUCUCUCUCUCUCUCUUAGUUAGAAAAUGGCAGGGGCUGAGUGCUGUCAGAACCCGCCGGAGCUGAACGCGGCGUCCGGGCAGGGCAGCGUCGUGGAAGACCUGGGCGGCCUGAAGGCCUACACCGCCGGCUCGCCAGACUGCCCACGCGCUAUCCUCCUCAUCUCUGAUGUCUUCGGAUAUGAAGCGCCGAACUUGAGGAGGUUAGCGGACAAGGUGGCUGCAGCUGGAUUCUAUGUCGUAGUUUCUGAUUUUUUUCAUGGAGAUCCGUACGUACUUGAUAGUAAUCCUCCGCGACCCGUAGCAGAAUGGGUGCAAAAUCAUGGAACGGAUAAAGGUUUUGAAGAUGCAAAAGGGGUAAUUGAAGCGCUGAAAAACAAAGGCAUAUCUUCAAUAGGAGCUGCUGGCUUUUGUUGGGGUGCCAAGGUUGUUGUACAACUUGCAAUGUCUGACUACAUUAAAGCGGCUGUCAUGUUACAUCCAUCGCCUAUCACAGUUGAUGAAAUCAAAGAGGUUAAAUGCCCCAUUUCCAUACUUGGAGCUGAGGUUGACCGUGCCAGUCCGCCUGAAGUGGUGAAACAAUUUGAGGAGAUUCUAUCUGCCAAAUCUGAGGUGAGUAGCUUCGUAAAGAUCUUUCCUGGGACUACGCAUGGAUGGACCGUGAGAUACGAUGUUAAUGACGAGCCAGCUGUAAAGAAAGCGGAGGAAGCUCACAAUGACAUGCUAGAGUGGUUUGUCAAGCAUGUUAACUAAGAAAUAGCUCGAGUGGACAUGAUAUAUUAUCAAAUGAGGUCUUGCAUGUGGCAUGAGAAUAAUAGUACUUGAUCAAUGUUUCUAAGGCUACUAGUAAAUAUUUGUGAUCCAAUGCCUUCUAUAUAUAUGUAAUGUUUGAUGAUUGUAAUUCAUCUAUAGGUAUUCGGUCUACAGCAUAUUAUAAUUUACUUGUUAUCCUUAGAGUAAUGUUUGAUUGUAAGUCAUCUAUAGGUAUUCGGUCUACAGCAUAUUAUAAUUUACUUGUUAUCUCUAUGUA